UAUUUAAAAAUAAAAUGUUCAAUGAAGAUGCAUAGGGAGGGUUGAGGGAUAGUUUUAUUUAUUGUUUAAAUUGGUCCCGUUGGUUUAACUUGAUUAAGUUUAUUUAGACCAAUGUGGAAAAUGAAAUGGUUAUUAGAUCUCUAAAAGGUCUUUAGUUCUCAAAUUCUCAAGAGGGUAACAUCAGUUGUAAACAUUUGGGGGAUAAAAUUUCUCUGAAUAUACUUUGGUUUGGUUUGAUUUUUCAUUUUCUUUUCUUAUUCUGGCCAGUAUGUCAAGGUCUUUCUUGAAGGAAAAGGUACUGGAGGGUGGGCAACAAGAGAAGGAUUUAUAGGUGGGAUUACAAAUUGAAAAAAAUUAGUGAUUUAUAGGUAGAGAGUGGCCUCAGCCAUAAGAGUUUUUUUCCUUUCUGCUUUUGGGAUAGAGAUGGGAACAGUAAUAAUACUUGUAAUAGCUGACACAUAAUUCUUACUGUGUGCAUGGCAUUUUUCUUAGCAGUUUAUAAUUUUUAGCUCUUAAUUCCACAGCAGCCUUCUGUGGCACUAUUAUUCCCAGUUUACAUCUGAGAAAAGUGAGGCCCUGGGAAGUUAAGUAACUUGCUUGAGGUUUACACAGCUUAGCAGGUGAUGGAGCUAGGAUUUGAACACGCUCAGUCUUGCUUUGGACCUUGUGCUAUUAUGACCUAAUUUGUUGAAUUACUGAAUAAAUAUUUUGAGAAUUGAAGUGAUAAUACUGCUCACACUCCAUUUUUGCUAUUGAGGUAAAAACUCCAGGCAGGAGUCUUUGAUGCUUGGGAGAUGCCAAUUUAUUCAGUAAACGUGUAAAAAAAUAAUACCUGAUACCUGCUUUGUGCCAGACAUGUGGAAGUGAAUAAAACAGACAAGGUUCCUGCCCUCAAGGAGCUUGUGCUCCACGGGGAAAUCAGAUCCUUCUGCUGAGGAAUUGCGAAAGCUAAUGAUGUUGCAUGGAGGUCAAUACCAUGUGUAUUAUUCCAGAUCCAAAACAACACACAUUAUUGCCACAAAUCUUCCAAAUGCCAAAAUUAAAGAAUUAAAGGGAGAAAAAGUAAUUCGGCCAGAAUGGAUUGUGGAAAGCAUCAAAGCUGGACGACUCCUGUCCUACAUUCCCUAUCAGCUGUACAGCAAGCAGUCCAACAUGCAGAAGGGUCUCAACUUUAAUCCUGUGUGCAAACCUGAGGAUCCUGUGCCGGGUCCAAGCAGUGUAUCCAAACAGCUGAACAACAGGGUAAAUCACAUAAUUAAGAAGAUUGAGACAGAAAAUGAAGUCAAAGUCAAUGGAAUGAACAGUUGGAAUGAAGAAGAUGCCAAUAAUGAUUUUAGUUUUGCGGAGCUGGAGCACAUCCUUCCAGGAAGGAAACAAAACGGAAUUCCACAUCACAGAGACAGCACUGCCAUUUUUAAUGGACAUACUCCUAGCUCUAAUGGUGCCUUACAGAUGCAGGAUUGCUUGGUGCCCAUGGGCAACAGUGUUGCCAGCAGGCUUUCUCCAGACUUUGCCCAGGAGGAGGAGCAGGCUGAGAAGAGCAGCACUGACUUCAGAGACUGCAUUUUGCAUCAGUUGCAACAGAGCACUAGAAACACAGAUGCUGUGCGGAAUCCACACAGAACUCAUUCCUUCUCCUUAUCAUCUUUGCACAGUAACACUAAGAUAAAUGGUGCUCACCACUCCGCUGUUCAGGGGCCUUCAAGCACAAAAAGCACUUCAGUACCUGCUCUUAGCAAGGCAGCACCUUCAGUGCCAUCCAAACCUUCAGAUUGCAAUUUUAUUUCAGACUUCUACUCCCACUCAAGACUGCAUCACAUAUCAAUGUGGAAGUGUGAAUUGACUGAGUUUGUCAAUACCCUACAAAGACAAAGUAGUGGUAUCUUUCCAGGAAGGGAAAAGUUAAAAAAAAUGAAAACAGGCAGGUCUGCACUUGUUGUAACUGACACAGGAAAUAUGUCAGUAUUGAGUUCACCCAGGCAUCAGAGCUGUAUAAUGCAUGUUGAUAUGGAUUGCUUCUUUGUAUCAGUGGGUAUACGAAAUAGACCAGAUCUCAAAGGAAAACCAGUGGCUGUUACAAGUAACAGAGGCACAGGAAGGGCACCUUUACGUCCUGGCGCUAACCCCCAGUUGGAGUGGCAGUAUUACCAGAAUAAAAUCCUGAAAGGCAAAGCAGCAAAGAUACCAGAUUCAUCAAUGUGGGAGAAUCAAGAUUCUGCACAAGCAAAUGGGAUUGAUUCUGUUUUGUCAAAGGCUGAAAUUGCCUCUUGUAGUUACGAAGCCAGACAAGUUGGCAUUAAGAAUGGAAUGUUUUUUGGGCAAGCUAAACAACUUUGUCCUAAUCUUCAAGCUGUUCCAUAUGAUUUUCAUGCAUAUAAAGAAGUUGCACGAACAAUGUAUGAAACAUUGGCAAGCUACACACAUAACAUCGAAGCUGUGAGUUGUGAUGAAGCACUGGUAGACAUCACUGAGAUCCUUGCAGAGACCAGACUUACUCCUGAUGAAUUUGCAAAUGCUGUCCGCAUGGAAAUCAAAGACCAGACCAAAUGUGCUGCGUCUGUUGGAAUUGGUUCUAAUAUUCUUCUUGCUAGAAUGGCAACUAGAAAAGCAAAACCAGAUGGGCAGUACCACCUAAAACCAGAAGAAGUAGAUGAUUUUAUCAGAGGUCAGCUAGUUAGUAAUCUACCAGGAGUUGGACGUUCAAUGGAAUCCAAGUUGACAUCUUUGGGAAUUAAAACUUGUGGAGACUUGCAGUAUAUGACAAUGGCAAAACUCCAAAAAGAAUUUGGUCCCAAAACAGGUCAGAUGCUUUAUAGGUUCUGCCGUGGUUUGGAUGAUAGACCAGUUCGAACUGAAAAGGAAAGAAAAUCUAUUUCAGCUGAGAUCAACUAUGGAAUAAGGUUUACCCAGCCAAAAGAAGCAGAAGCUUUUCUUCUGAAUCUCUCAGAAGAAAUUCAGCGACGACUUGAAGCUGCUGGCAUGAAGGGUAAACGCCUGAUGCUCAAGAUCAUGAUACGAAAGCCUGGGGCCCCUGUAGAAACUGCAAAAUUUGGAGGCCAUGGAAUUUGUGAUAAUAUCACCAGGACUGUAACUCUUGACCAGGCAACAGAUAGUGCAAAGAUAAUUGGAAAAGCUACACUAAACAUGUUUCAUACAAUGAAACUAAAUAUAUCGGAUAUGAGAGGGGUUGGGAUUCACGUGAAUCAGUUGGUUCCGACCAACCCAGACCCUUCUUCAUGCCCCACUCGUCCAUCAGUUCUUCCUGGCGGGUCACACUCUGUCCUGGAUCUCUUCCAGGUUCAGAAAGCGAAGAAAUCCACAGAAGAGGAGCACAAAGAAGUAUUUCUGGCUGCUAUGGAUCUGGAAAUAUCAUCUGCCUCUAGAAAUUGCACUUUCUUGCCAUCUUUUUCAACACAUCUGACAUCAAGUGUCAAUCCUGUUACUAGCAAAGCUGAGUCUUCAGGGAAAUGGAAUGGUCUACAUUCUCCCAUCAGUUUAAAAUCAAGACUUAACCUGAGUAUUGAGGUUCCAUCACCUUCCCAGCUUGAUCAGUCUGUUUUAGAAGCACUUCCACCUGAUCUCCGGGAACAAGUAGAGCAAGUUUGUGCUGUUCAGCAAGGAGAGCUGCAUGGCGACAAAAAGAAAGAGCCAGUAAAUGGCUGUAAUACAGGAAUUUUGCCACAACCAGUUGGGACAGUUUUGUUACAAAUACCAGAACCUCAAGAAUCUAACAGUGAUGCAGGAAUCAAUGUCAUAGCCCUGCCAGCAUUUUCACAGGUGGACCCUGAGGUGUUUGCUGCCCUUCCUGCUGAGCUUCAGAAGGAGCUGAAGGCAGCAUAUGAUCAAAGACAAAGGCAGGGAGAGAAUGCCGUUCACCAGCAGUCAGCUGCUGCAUCUGUGCCAAAGAAUCCGUUACAUCAACUAAAACCAGCAGCAAUGAAAGAAAAGAAACGGAACAAGAAAAAAAAUCCCGUCAGUUCCCCCAAAAAAAUUCAGAGCCCUUUGAAAAACAAGUUGCUUAAUAGCCCUGUGAAAACUCUUCCAGGGGCUUGUGGGAGUCCCCAGAAGUUAAUCGAUGGGUUUCUGAAACAUGAAGGUCUUGCUUCUGAGAAACCUCUGGGAGAACUCUCUGCUUCCACUUCAGGUGUGCCAGGCCCUUCUGGUUUGCAGCCUGAGCUGUCUGGCCACGUGAGACCCCCAGCACCCAACCUAGCGGGAGCUGUUGAAUUCAGUGACGUGAAGACCUUGCUCAAAGAGUGGAUAACUACCAUUUCAGAUCCAAUGGAGGAAGACAUUCUGCAAGUUGUGAAAUACUGUACUGACCUAAUAGAGGAAAAAGAUUUGGAAAAACUGGAUCUAGUAAUAAAGUACAUGAAAAGGUUGAUGCAGCAGUCGGUGGAAUCGGUUUGGAAUAUGGCAUUUGACUUUAUUCUUGACAAUGUUCAGGUGGUUUUACAACAGACUUAUGGAAGCACAUUAAAAGUUACAUAAAUAUUACCAGGGAGCCUGGUGCUCUCCACUAGCUGUGCCAUAAGUGCUUGUGAGGUAUUUGCAAAGUGCAUGAUAGUAAUGCUCUGAGUUUUUAUAAUUUUAAAUUUCUUUUUAAGCAAGUGUUUUGUACAUUUCUUUUCAAUAAGUGCCAAAUUUGUCAGUAUUGCAUGUAAAUAAUUGUGUUCUUUUACUGUAGCAUAGAUUCUAUUUACAAAAUGUUUGUUUAUAAAGUUUUAUGGAUUUUUACAGUGAAGUGUUUACAGUUGUUUAAUAAAGAACUGUAUGUA